AUGGUCGGUUCGCCCUUCUUUGGGCUCAACUCUCUGCGGGGCCUCAGCAGGGCUCGACUCUUUUCUACGGCCUCUCAUGCUUUCGAUGUUGCCGUCAUAGGAGGGGGCCCCGGUGGGUAUGUCAGCGCCAUCAAGGCAGCCCAACUAGGUUUGAAGACCGCUAUCAUCGAGAAGAGGUCCGCGCUGGGGGGUACCUGCCUGAACAUAGGAUGUAUUCCCUCGAAGUGUCUCCUCCAUUCAUCUCAUGAAUACUCCGCUCUAAAAAGCGGCGGUACUUUGAAGAAAAUUGGAGUGAGUAUUGAUUCGUCAUCGGCUGCUGCUGACUUGACUGCCAUGCAUCGACAUCGGACCCGAACAGUCCAAAUGCUCACUAAAGGCGUCAAGGGUCUCAUGGACAAGAAUGGGGUUACACAAUUCCACGGCCUCGGACGCUUUACGAAUGCCAACACUUUGGAGGUCGACAUUACCGAUGGAGCUAGCGCGUCUAUCGAGGCAAAGCACUACGUGGUAGCUACGGGUUCCGACUCCUCCUCGCUACCUUUCCUCAAGAUUGACGGUGAUGUCAUUGUGACAAGCACUGAAGCCUUGGAGUUCCCAGAGGUACCUGAGUCAAUGGCGGUGAUCGGUGGUGGAGUGAUCGGCCUCGAGCUGGGCUCAGUAUGGGCCCGAUUGGGCACUAAAUCACCGUUGUUGAGUACAUGCCGCAUAUCCUCCCAACAGCCGAUCUGGACGUAUCCCAAGCUCUACAGAAGUCUCUACAAGGCAUGA